AGGUGUAACAACAUCUGGAAGCAGUGUAAACAUGAGAAUGACUCACAGCAGCAGGAGAAGCAUCACGCCUGACCCUGUGGGAGGUGUAACGUACGUUGUGAGCAGUAGCACUAGCUAAAGUCCGCGUUUCUCACAGAUAGUUCCGAUAUACCAUGUGUUGGUGCUGAGGAGAGAGAAUGUGCGUCAGUACAUAAGUCCAAAACAAACAACUGUAGUUUCUGUGGUCGAGGGUAUUGUGUAAUAUACGAUUUGGCCAUGUAACAAAAUGUUUCACGCGAGGAAGACUAAAUCUCAGCUCGGGACGCUGAUCGAGGAGAACGUUUUUGUUGAUAGUUAUAAAAGAAAUCCUGUAACAUCGGAGCAGCGUCGUUGUGGCCUUCAGUUUUCUUCUGCCAGUUCACUUCAACUUCGGUCUGAUGAAUCGGGUUACGACAGUGACAGCACGAAAAACAGCAGAGAAGAAGUUCCGUUUGAAGGAAAACACGAUACAUCAAAUGAAAACUUCGGAGUUUCUCAUCCACUAAAAACAGUUCGUCAGGAAAGCAACAGUUACGAGCGUACAACAAUGUCAACAGAAAGUAAUCUUCAGAAAUUUGCCAUGUUUUUACAGAAACUGACCAGUUCAGGACAAACUGAUCAUCUAGCUAAGCCUCUUUUCAGCAGAGGGCAUAAAAGGACAAAGAGUGCUUGUGAUUUGAAGCCAAUAUUAAGAAAUGAAGUUCAAAAUUUGACUCCAAAGCCUUAUUCUGACGUGUUACCAGACAAAGAAAAUCACCUUUGUGACCGGAAUAAAACCACGGAACGAAAAGAAACCAACAACUUUACAUCAGUAGUUAGACCUAAUUGUGAAGUCAAAAAAUCAAGUUCUAAAUUUGAGCAAUUUAAGGCAUGGACUUUAGACCGCAAGUUUCUUAGAAACAAACGAAAGAAAACACCUAAGCAGUUUUUUUCGAAAGAGGGUGAUUCAUUCAAUGACGACGAUAAAAGAAAUAGUUUAUUUGCACUAAAUCUGUGUGUAGAUAGAAAUCACUCAACAGAAGAGUUUUGUGGAAACUGUUCCUCGAUUCAUUCCGAAACUAUAGGAAAAGGAAACGUAAAUAUAAACAGGGUGGAAACCUGUGUUCGUGAAGACGUGAGCGGCGAUUUAAAUUAUGAGUUAAAGUUAAAAAAGGCCAGUCAUUUCGUUGUAUCUUCCUACGAUAACAAAUGGAGGAAACAAUGGCUCGAGGACCAUCUUGAUUACAGAGGGCAUUCAAGAUUACGAAGUGGAUCCAGUAAUGACUGUUCUCAACACAGGUUGUCUCUACAAUACGUACAAGACUCCCAAACAUUUUUUGUCGAGUUAAAAAGAAACAAUUUCGGGGAAUUAGGAAUUUCUGUUGGCCCUUACAAAGUUGAUAAACAGUUACCUAAAAGAUACAUCAUAACAAAACAGGAAAAACACAGCACAGGAGAAAGAUGCGACCAUCUUCAGUCAGGAGAUGAAGUUCUUAUGAUCAAUGGGCAACAGCUGCAUGGUGUGGAGUUUAAGGAAGUUCUGCGUCUUCUGGGUGAUCUAACCACAGAUGUCUACCACCUGGUGGUGCGAAGGCCUGACCACUGGAAAGGAAUUCAAUCGGAAUGUUCGAUGUUGCUAGAUCCAGUAAAGGGAAGUUCGCCUCUUGAUGAGACCUCAACGUAUAAUGACCAUGAAGUACACCUACCGUUUAGUAGCAGAAGACCUCAUAUAUUUGUCCAACAAGAAAGUCGGGUUGCUGAAACCGGUUUAUAUACACUGCCUAGAAAACCUAGGGCUUCUCAACUUUCUUUUCACACUGUUGUUUUUGAAAAAGGAUCAGGGAGGAAAAGCCUAGGGUUCAGUAUCGUUGGAGGAAAGGACUCACCAAAAGGUGCCAUGGGAAUCUUCGUGAAGACCAUCUUCCCAUACGGCCAAGCUGCAAAAACAAACCAACUUAAAGAAGGUGAUGAAAUUUUUAUGAUUAAUGGGCAACCAUUACAGGGCCUAUCACAUGCAGAUGCAAUAGCAGCUUUCAAACGGAUUAAACAAGGCUCUGUUGUUUUACGAGUGGGCCGAAGAGCAACGACAAAAAAGCACAAUCUGGUUUUCAAGUCAUGUAGCAACCUCGACAGUAUGUAAAUUCAUGUUAAUCAAGGUGUACAAAACUCAUACAGGAACAGAGAAAGGAUUAAAUAUGAAGCUACUCAAGAAACUUUGCAAAGGAAAUAUAGAGUAAAAAUGUGAGAAGAGAAAGAAGAAUAUACUGUGUAGGAAGAAUAGAAAAUAUAUAUGUUAGUUAUGUAGGCAGAAAAUAAGGAUAUGCGAUUAUACACUAAAUCUACCAGAGAAAUUAUAGUUGUGUCGUUUUUUAAACAAAACAUAUGGGAGAAAGUAUAGGGUAUAAUCGUGUCAUUGUUUAAACAAAACAUACAGAAAAAAACAUAGGUCGUUGAUGAGUUGUUCUACAUAAUAAGCUACAUAAUAAAUAAUGCAGUGCAUCUGUAUAUUAGAGUAAACAAGGAGCAAGAAUAGAAUAAAAAUAACUUUCAGAUCAACUUCAGGAUAUAACAGUUAUCUAAUCUUUUCAGUUGUUUCAAAAUAUUGGAGCAGUGUUUCAAGACAUGGUAAACAAGUGUAUAAAGAUAUUUGGAUAUAAUAUAUAUUUUAUGUGGCUUAUCAAACGUAUUUGUUAAGAAUGAGUAAGUUGUUUCUUUCAACAAAUGCUUAGGGUAACCAUGUGGAAAAAGAACACUUUAUAUAAAAUAUAUUUCUUUGUGAAUGGCUAGGUAAGAAGAGUUAAGGCUGUAGGCUCUUUUCUGUAGGCAAAGUAUAAGGUUGCAUUUGAAAGAAGGUAUAAAGCUGUCAAACUGGGUGAAAAGUCCAGUAAAUGUAUUUUUAUAACAGACAGAAGCAGAAAAACUCUUAGUAUCACGAUUAUCUAGAACGUCCAGAAAAGAAAUAGAAUUAUUAGUCCCAAACUGUCUUAAGCAUUUGCUUACCAUACCUGGAAGACAGAGCUUCAUUAACAUGAAACAAAUGAAAAUAAUAGAAUGUGUGUGGUUUUGUUUUGCUAUGUAACCUACAGGAGAAGAGAACUGGUGUACAGUUUUUGUAGACAAUGCAAAGUGAAAACAGAAGAAUGUGUUUAACUGUUUGUUUGAUAAUUAUGAAGAAGUUAAAAAUUCUUGUAAAAGAAAGCAGUCAAUAACAAGGAUUUAAAUGUUGAAUAGAGGGGGUAUAAUUACUAUACAACUCCAAAAACAAAUCCAAUAUUUUGUAUUAUGGUAUUGCACACAAGGAAGAAAGGUUGAGAGAUGAGAAAUAAGUGUUUUCCAUUUCGUUGAAAUAAUUGUUAACACUGUUUUUGUUUUCUUUUAGUUAUUAAAUUUACAUUUUAUGUGUGAAUAAUGAACGGAGAGAAAUGUACGAUAUUUUUUGCAGAUAAUCCAACCCAACUUUCUGCUCUUUAGGUUUACAGUUAGAAGUAUUAUAAAAUGUGCUUUCUUUUUAAAAUUCAAAAUAUUAUAUGAAUUUAUAUCACCAUAACUGGACAAGCAGUAUAUAACUAGAUAUAAAAAAUAAAUUAUUCUCAUAUUCAAGUCAGAAUUAAUGAGGCUUCAUAUGUCAUUAUUCUAGAAACGUUAAUAAAUAUUCGUAAAUGAAACCAAAGAGUAGCACAUCAAAAAAUUCAGAUACUUAUGUAAAUAUGAUAAUACUAAGAUUCAGCCUGACUUUUGCACUAGAUGAGUGUAAUGAAACCCCAGUGUUACUAUAUAGCCAGAGAGAAUAGACACAACACUGAUUUCAACAUUCCAAGGCAACAAAUAUUAUGUGGUGUUCAUUAUUACUGAAUAUAAUUAUGACACUGAUGAGUUUUGCUGAUAAUUAUAGGAUAUAAUAAUAUAAGAAAUAUAAUGUUAAGUAACUAACUUCACAAUGAUCAAGGUAUGAAAAUUAUUAUUUAAUACCGCUGAAUUUUGUCUUUAUACUUUAUAUACUCUGAAAGCAUAUGUGACGUAUUUCUGUAUUUUAUUAUCAUGCCAUUUAACUGAUUGUUUAAAAGCUUUGUUGGUGCAUAUUAGAAUUUCAGCCCAAAUUAUGGUUCAUUGAGAAUUCGGGAAUCGCCAUACUUUAAUAUAUUUCAUUAUAACACGUGUAUGCAAAUAGUUUAGUAAAGUGUGUAAAACGUAAUAAAAAUAAACUUAAAUCUUCUUUGAACUUUUCCCUAUUUUCUCUAAUCCCAUGCACAGUUGAUGACCGUAUCUUAGAGUUUAUAGCAACUGAAAGUGUCUAAAAUGCACAACCAUAAUUCUUAAUGUAUAACUGUUGAAACUUUUCUAAAAUACAUUGGUAGACUUCUUAGCCAAUGACUGUUGAAACAUUUAAAGGCACUGCCAUAAAGCUUAAUAUGUAAAUGUUGAAACUUUACUAAUAUACACAGAAAGCGUUUUUACCUAUAACUAUUGAAAUUGUAUAAGUACACAGGGAGCGUAUUUAGUCUAUAACUGUGGACACAUUUUUAAAUAGAAGGCCAGAUUAAUUUGUCUGUAAACGUUGAAACUAUUCUGAUAUACAGAAACUUUCUGUCCACUUGUUGUUUGCAUCAAUUCCAGAGGUAGUGUCCCAUUUUUCCUUACCAAUUAAAGUUGAACAGUCACAGCUUAAGAUCCAGUGUCGGCCUACACACUGCGAGGUUUCCCAUCAAUAAACUCGUGGACUGGUUUCCUCAAAUAAUGAACUUAUCUCAUGUGGUGAAGAUGGAGUGUUCUUAGCUGAACAUUACCCCCAUAAUACCAGCUAAUUAUUAUUUUUACAAUGUCUGGUUACUUUUUGUUAUUCCUUUGAUCUGGUUAAGGUCUGGGACACAUCUUUAUGGUAUUGUCUCUUUUGCUUAUUAAAAACUGUCAAUCACUUACUGUUUGGGCUGUAAUGCCUAUAUUUCCUCAAUUAUAACAGUUCCGUUUUCCUAGCAUCUUUUGGAAAUCUUUUGUUCCAUACAUACGUUUACCUGCAGUUCCCAAUAGUUUUUAUAAAUACCAUUUUCUUUCAUAGUAUCUUGAAUGAUAUAUAAUUAUUUUUACUUUUAUGAUGGUGCUGUACAAGUAUUUUUCAAUACCUGGCAUAUUUCUGAAACCAUUAAAGACGUAGUCAAAUAAAUCAAUGUCCUUUGUCAUCCAAACAACAAUAAUAUCUAAUGCUAAUUGAAUGAAAAUGGAAGUAAAAAACUAACCACACCAAAUGAAACCAUGUCUUCAU